AAUGAAACAUCAUACACACCACAAGUAACGAAAUAUUUUUUGUAUACUAGAAUCUAUUAUUAAAUUCGGCGUUAUGAACGAGCAGAAUGACAAGAAAGAUGCGGCAUCUAAUGGGGGGAUGAGUAAACCUGACCAAAUGAAACCCCCAAAGGAAUUUAGACGACCUUCAGCUGAUGGUGGUGCUAAGCCUCCGCCAAGUCGAUACAUUCAAACCUCUGAGGACGAUAAGGACUCCACGUCCGAGAUGGUUCUAGUGAUAAUUUGCUGGUUCCUUGUGAUCUUAAUGUUCCCCCUUUCCAUUAUGGUGGACUUUUCCGUCGUUUACCAGCUUCUGAUGUCUAAUUCGACCUCUAUCUCACCCAGGAAAGGUCUUCGAGGUCCGGGCUUGGUGUUUAUCCUUCCGUGCAUCGAUGAAAUUCACCGAGUAGAUAUGCGCACCGAUGUGGCCAAUGUUCGUCCGCAGGAUGUGCUUACAAAGGACUCGGUGACGAUUACCGUAAAUGCCGUCGUGUACUAUUCCAUUUACAGUCCCAUCGACUCGAUUAUCCAAGUGGACGAUGCAAAACAGGCCACCGAGCUGAUUUCCCAGGUCACGCUGCGUAAUGUAGUGGGAUCAAAAACGCUCAAUGUCCUCUUGACCUCCAGGCAGCAACUCUCCAGGGAAAUCCAGCAGGCAGUGUCAGGAAUCACAUAUCGCUGGGGAGUUCGCGUUGAGCGAGUGGAUGUAAUGGACAUCACAUUGCCAACUAGUCUCGAAAGAUCCUUGGCCAGCGAGGCUGAAGCUGUGAGGGAAGCUCGUGCCAAGAUUAUUCUGGCCGAAGGUGAGCUUAAGGCUUCAAAGGCGCUGAAGGAGGCCUCCGAUGUGAUGUCAGAGAACAAGAUUACACUUCAGCUGAGGCAUCUGCAGAUCCUGUCAUCGAUCGCCUCGGAGCGAAGAGUUAGGAUAAUUUACCCCAUUCCCCUGGAGAUAAUGGAACCCUUUAUGACUGGCAAGGAAGGGCAGAAAAAAGACGGUGAUGGUGGAAGUGGUGGUGGCAAGGAAACUAAGAGGGACGAUGAUGCCGGAGGUAGCACGGAAACCCGAAAGGAAGGUGGUGGUCCUGUUCGUUUCACUGACGGAAGUAGUGGAGGAAUUUUGUCCAGAUUUAUCUUUGCUGGUAAGGACGAGAAGCAACAGACUUCUACAGCUGGUGACAAAUCAAGUGACCCAAAUGAACCCUCCUCCUCAAAGAGUGUCUUGGACGGAACUGGUGAAGUCUUAGCAUUAAAUCAAAAAACCCACGAAGGCCAAGAAGAAAGGAUGGAUGAAGAAAAUCGAAGACCUACAUAUGUCGCCUAUGAAAUGGAAUCUGUUAAACGAAGUCCUGCGAAAUUUGCCGAUGACGUUGACACUGCCGAGGCGAAUCAGAAGCGCACUGCUCCACGGCGACCAGGAGGGCUGGCGUUUAUGGACCUGCAAUCUUAUCGGGACUUCCUGCAAACUCGUUGGUAAUCAGCCGGCGGGCUGGCAGCCUCCUGACAGCCUCCUGGCAGCAGGACAAUGGGAAGGCCAAGCGUGAAAUGAGCAACAGUCACGUCAGCCAAUGGCACCACAAACUUGAUUGAAGGGCAUUAUCCCUGCUCCCCUUUGCCACCGGAGCGACAUUGACACUGCCAUUGAAUGGCCUCCAAGCGGUUUUUUUGGGACACGAUAAAAAAUAGCCGAACACUGGGUAUUUUUCACUCGCGGUGAGAAUGAAUCUCGGGUGGCAAUUUAUCUCUGUUAAUAAAUUGGGAGUUUUCGAGUCCAUGCUUCAAUGUGGGAUAAAAUACAGUUAAGCCUCUAUCCCGACAAUAUUAUUAAAGGCCUUAGGUCUUUCAUCUUCAACAAACUAAAUCAUGAAUCUUGAAAUGACAAUUCUUUUCUGCUACUUUCCAAGUUCUGUCAUAAAUCUGAAAUUAACAAGCGAACCAAUUAUCUCGCAAUUAUCUCAGACAGCAAAAAAUAUACUCAAAAGUCACUCAACAAUUUUGGAGUAACAUUAUAAAUUGGCCCAACUUUGCGCAUUAUUUAAUUUGGACAAGGCAAAAAGUUGCCACAAAGUGGGCUGUGGGCGUGGCAGGAUGUUAAU